AUGCUGCGUCGCUCGUGGGCUUUCCGUUGUGCCGCUAAUGGAGCUGGUGAAGGGCGACGUAAGAUUCGUAUAGAGAAUGGUUUUGAACGCGAGAAUCGCAAAAACUAUGAAGAACGUGGUCAAUUCUUUUCUGCCUUCACAAGUGUUUCCAUUCUUUCCCUUGGAUGUACAUUUCUCUUUGUUCCUUUGUAUCGAAUGUACUGCGCCCCUACUGGCCGCGGUGCGGACCCGAAGUUUUACACCCCGCAGGCUCAACGCCAGCGUGAGGAGAUGGAUAAGUCGUACCCAGUUCCAAAGAAACUGCUGAAGGUGCGUUUCCUAAGUGAUGUUGGUAAUACCAUGCCUAUUGCGUUUGUCCCUCUGCAGAAGGAAGUGGAGGUGCUUAUUGGUGAACCGGCGUUGGCGUUCUACUCAGCGUAUAAUCGCAGUAACCGUACAUUGCUUGGAGUAUCGUCCUACACCAUUGCACCUCCAGAGGCGACGAACUAUUUAAAUAAGAUUCAGUGUUUCUGUUUUGAGGAGCAGCGGUUUAAACCGCAUGAAUUAGUUGAGAUGCCAGUGUUUUUCUACAUAGACAGGGAUUUUCUUAACGAUCCAAUGGUUAACUGGCUAGAUGAGGUUAUUGUGAACUACACUUUUUUCAAUCUAGAAAAAACAAAGGAUAUCAUUUUCCGUUCAAAUAUGGUGUGA